UACAUUUAAACGUGACGGCUUUGCGUUUAAUUGUAACAAAAAAGAAUACGAAAAAUUAUGGCAUACGCCAACGGUUUAUUCAUCUUUGCUCUUACGAUUUCUUUUUUCGAAGAAAUCUAUGGACAUGGAAUGCUUAUGGAACCUGUGAAUAGAGGAAGUGCUUGGAGGAAGGGAUUCAAAACACCUAUCAAUUAUGACGAUGAUGGAAAUUAUUGCGGUGGUUUAUUUGAACAAAUAAAUAACGAUGGUAAAUGCGGCCUCUGUGGCGAUGAUUAUAAAAUGCCACAGCCCAGACCAAAUGAAAAUGGUGGAACAUAUGGAAUUGGUACCAUUGUUAAAACAUAUAAAACAGGACAAAUAAUUGAACUAGUGGCUAAACUUACUGCAAAUCAUAUGGGUCACUUCCAGUAUUCAAUUUGCCCUCUAAACCAUAGCAAGGAAUUAGAAACCGAAGAAUGUUUUGCCAAAUAUCCAUUGAAAAUGGCGGAUGGCAAAAACAAAUAUGUACUACAAAGUCCUAACAGAGGAGAUUAUAAAAUGAAUGCUUUCUUGCCACAGGAUCUUACGUGUGAGCACUGUGUACUCAGAUGGGAAUAUAUUGCUGGAAAUAAUUGGGGCACGUGUGAAGAUGGUACUCAUAAGAUGGGUUGCGGACCUCAAGAAACCUUCAAAACUUGCUCUGAUAUUCGUAUUAUGCCUUAAUUAUCCCCUAAUAAAAAAAACUUACUGCAAAAUGUACGAAAAGAUUACUUAUAUUAAAAUACAUAUUUAUAUGUAUAAAACAAUAUAAGGCAACGUUUGUUAUGUAAUUUACCAAAUAAAGAAAUAAUGAUCAAUGAUAUUGGAUGUUUUCUUUAUUGUUGAAUGGAUAUGUUAUGCCAGAUACCCUAGAUACCAGAUACCCAAUAAACAUCAAAUGUAAAUGUUAUACGUAUAACACAGAAGUUACAAGUUACAUAAUGUUACGCCCGCGUUCGAAAAGCGACGCCUGGUAUCGUGGCGAGUUGCCACGAUACCGAUUUCAAUUAUUUGUAAACGAGUUGUUAUAUCGAUUUGAAUUCGAAGUUUGGCUUCCGAGCUAAAGCCGGGAUUACGAUGAACUUAACGUAACAGGACGCGACGGGACGUGAAGUGACGUGAAGUGAACUUAACGUUAAGGUAUUUUGUGAAAUUACGAUCGCCGUAACGUGUCGUAAAACAGCGUGCAUUGACAGCGUUGAUUUUACAGCGUUGGUAAUUCAAAAUGAAUUCUGCUGUGAGGCAUUAUCAAUUUUGUAAUGUAAUUUUGGCCGGAUAUUUGUAUCUUCAACUGCGGAAAAGGAAACGAAUACGAACCGUUGGUGUGAGAGAGAUUUUUUGGAGAAGAAUCCAGUUUGGUGACGGAUGUAACCUAACCAACAAUACCAAAUGUCACUC